UGGGGUUCCAUGGGUCUGCCGGGCUGCCGCCGCUGCUUGGCGACAUGCCGUAAAAUGUGAGCGGUCGCUGAGGAGACGGUAAGAAGCCUCUUCUUCCGUGGUGCGGAUGUUCUCAGUUGUUGAGCGCAACAUUGUUUUGUGAAGAAUAAGAGAUGUUAAAGAAAUAUUGUUAAAAUUGUAAAAUUUCGAUUGGAAUGAAGAAGCCAAACCAGUGAUGCUGCUAGCAGAUAUGCCUGGCUAUUAGGAAAUGAAGACCUUUGAACAGGAAACAGUGGGGAGCUGUUGACCAUUAACAGACGAUGAUUUGUUUGUUGUUUGCGAAGCCACAUUUUCUCGGACUCCUGUCACUGAGAGAACAUUGCAGCAAGCUGCCUUGAUGCCGAUAUUCCCAAUCCCCCGUCGGGUGCGUUCCUUCCAUGGCCCCCAUUCUACAUGUCUACAUUCGGCAUGUGGCCCAGUUCGGACAACGCACCUCGUCCGGACCAAAUACAGUAGCUUCGACCUUUACUUGAAAUCACGGUGGCUGUUUUGUUUCAUCCGCUUCCUGUUGUACUUCAGCUGCAGCCUCUUUACGUCCAUACUCUGGGUGGCACUGUCCAUCCUCUUCUGUAUCCAGUACUUCUUCAUACGUGUGUCACUGCGCUUUCAAUACAAGCUUUCCAUAGUGCUUCUGUUGCUGGGGCGUAGGCGUGUUGACUUUAACACAAUGAAUGAACUCUUUAUCUAUGGGAUCCAUGUGACAAUGCUGCUAGUUGGAGGACUGGGCUGGUGUUUUAUGGUGUUUGUUGAUAUGUAAAUAAGAGUGCAUGUGAGAAAUGGUUUUGUGCAUUAUAUUGUAAAAUAUAUUGUUUACAAUCAUGCAAAAAGAUUAUUUGAUUUUUAUUUAAAACUAAAUCUUGCUAUGUUAAAAUAUA